AUGGAUUGGACGGAUGAAAUUGAGACUGGGAUAUAUCAUGAUUCAUAUACAUGUUCAUGGUCACCAAGUUUCUACUGUCAUGAACAUUUGUGUCGACGACAUUAUUGGACAUGUGGCGACGGUCAAUGUUUGCCACAAGGAACGAAUCGUUUUAGAGCAAUAUGGAAUCAAAAUAUUCCAUUAACUUGCCUGAAUUUACGUGACAUUAAUUUUAUAUGUGAAGUAAAUAGAAGGCAUCGAUUAUGGACAAUUCAAAGUGGAUUUUGCCUACCUUUUGAACAAAUAUCCUACGAUGAUCGACCAAAUGAAUUAAUCAAUGAUAUACAAUAUUGUACUUUUCUGCUUAAAUGUCUUUUGUCCGUUGAUAUAAAUAUCGAUUGUCCAUGUUCAAAUCUCAGUAGAGAUUGUAUCAAAAAAUUUGAAUUCGAAUGCCGGAAAUUUCAUUACGUUGAAUAUCCGUCAGGUCCAUUGAUAAAUCCAUUCAUGUGGACAGUCUAUGACGUUUAUAAAUCAUUUCGAUUCGAUGGUGUGCCAGACUACUUCUAUUUCAAUGGCAGUAUUAAAUGUCGUGAUUAUCAAAGUACAUGGAUGGGUAUGGAACAUAGACGUCUUGAGUACGACGAUUAUGUUUUUCUCGCCGGUAUGAUAUCUUUUCCAAAUUUAUUUUGUUCUGCUAAGACAGAUAUAGUGUCAAACACAAGCUUUAUUAAACGUGAUUAUUCAUCGAAUGCACGAAAAAUGCAUCCCUAUUGUUGGAACGACACAAGAACAUUUGACAAUAGAUUAUAUCAAACAUCGCCAGAUAUUUGCCAGGAUACUGAAUGCAUUUCAUCAUAUCGCUUAAAAGAUGGAUCUCCAGACUGUGAACUAUGGGCUGAUGAAUGGAACUAUGUUCGAAGCUCAUGUGAAUCAAACCGUCAGUAUCGUUUUCAAUGUUUAGAAGAUCAAGAAACAUGUCUAUUAGCAAGUGAAACUUAUAAUCUUCGUUCUAAUUGUUCGAAUACUAUUCAGUAUGGACUAUCAAUUAGGACGUUGAAUUGUCAAAAACGGCAUGAUCUAGAUUGUCAAAUUUUGAAGCAUUUUAUUGCAAUAUCAUCUACUAAAAAUCAAUCAUUGUUAUCUAACUUGCCUCAGAAUGAUGUAAUGCUGGGUUUCAGUAAGGUUCCCGUUUUUCACCAAUAUUGUGAUACUUUCUUCGAUCUUAGUAUUGACAUGGAUGAAUCACGUGAAUUAUGUCAAAACUGGAUAUGUGCUAAAGAACAAUAUCAAUGUGCGACAGGACAGUGUAUUCCUACUGAAUGGAUUUGCGAUGGUGAGUAUUUCACAAAAAGAAAUUAA